UGAGAAGUCGGUGUCCCUUGUAGCUGCGACUGACUGGUCGAGAACCUGCUCAUUGCCGUUGCCAGUCGGUAUUCGAUCAUAUCCCAACCAUCACAUUCUCAGGAGGCCCGGACACCAUCGCCAUGGGCUUGCAAGGACUCAUCGCUGUCGGCGUCCCGCCGCAGCCUUUCUGGCUGCUCUACAUCAAGGGCGCCAUCGUGUUGCUGUCGAUUAUCGUCCUCGCCCUCGGCGCCUAUACCGAGUCGCUCUUCAACGACUACCUGGUUAGCAGCGGCCCUGCCGGGAUGGACAUCUUCAUCGCCAUCUUCAGCUUCCUCAUCUACGGCGCUGCGGCCUCGCUCGAGAUCUGGGCGCCCCAGUACUUCUUCCGUAUCAGCGCGCUCAUCAGCUACAUCCUCAAUGUCAUCUUCUGGCUGGUCGCCUGGGCCUGGUCUGCGAGCGCCGCCGCGACUUGGCUCAACUACACCGACAUUUUUGGUGACAAGAUCGUCCUCCCGUUCGGCCGCCCCAUCGCCGGCUGUGCCGGUAUCGGCGCCCUGGCCUGGGUCCUUGCAAUUGUGCACCUCGCCUUCUUCAUCCGCGCCUGCGUCAUCGAAAACACCGGCGCUGGCCAGGCUGAGCUCGGCCAGGUCAAGCCCGGCCCGGUCCCGCCCCAGCAGUACCCUGUCCAGCAGCAGCCCUACCCUGCGCAGCAGCCAUACCCCGUGCAACAGCCAUACCCUGCGCAGCAGCCCUACCCUGCGCAGCAACCAUACCCUGUGCAACAGCAGCAGUAUCCGGCUCAGCAACCGUAUGGGACCCAGUAAACGGUUUAUCAUGGGGUGGAAGUUGAGGGCGUCUUCUUGUGUUUUGGUUGUCACUGUGUGCGUGGUAUGGAUUUUGGGAUUGAUACCUCGGGGGGCAAGGGCUUUCCUUCGGCUUGUCUAGAUGCUAGGUGCACGGUUGGAGCAGUAAUGAGUGGGCUGUGGCCGGUUUUAUCAUCUCUCCUAGUACCGUUGUCCUCGAUAUGCGAUACCAUUGAUGCAAUUUUGGAUUC